AGGUUACAAAGGCGAAGUUCCCGGCCCGGCCGGCUCUCUUGCCGGGUUGACAUUCGGAGAGGGAGGUCGGUGGGAAAAAUCUGAACGGUCCAACCUAACAGCGUGCCGGCCGGUGUUUUCUGUAAACUACGAUGUGUAAAGUGUGCUCUUCUAUCAAUGGACGGGGAGAAGCAGAGGUCCGAGGAUGGAAGGGUCCCGGUCCAUGUGCCCCCACGACUGACCACCUCUACCACCCACAAGCCAUGUCAGCAAAAGAUCUGAGCACAGACACCGAAGAAGACGAUUUACCAGGCUGCCUGCCGCCCUUCAGUCCGCCAAAGAAACCAACUGGCCCGCUCUCUGAGGAAGAAGAAUUCGAACUGAUCGCGAAAUGGCAGGCGGGCGGGCUAACACUGGGCCAGCCCAAAUCAUCAGCCAUCACCGAUGUCACGGUCAAGUACAAGUCUCGGGAAGACCUGGACAACCUCGGCUUCGACACGCACGACGAAGUAACCGGAGAGGAAUACGAUGUGCUGUACGACCUCUACGCCACGAUGGAUGACGUAGACCAGACAUGCGACCGUCUUGAAGACGACUUCACGGCCUUGGCUCCGGCGAUGGAAGGAGACCAUUUCUUCUUCUACGACGAGGAGAAUGAGUGUGGCCCGAACUUCCACGACGACGAGAUGGCUGAAGAGGAGAGCUGGAACCAAUACGAGUACCAAACAACCCUGUACCCGUAUACGAAAGAAAACGGAGGGGUGUGGUACACCACAGAAGAAGACGGCCACGGGUUAACUUUCGAAGAAGACGACUCCGACAAUUCUGGCUCCUUGGAGCGGCAGCAGCGAGUCAGCUCCGGGUAUCUCAGCGCCGACCUGUCCUUCGAGCAGUCCUCUCGGGACGACAGCACUCAGUACUCCGACAGUGUCUACAUCCCGAAGGGCUGGGAGAAAUUCCCGAGAGAAAUCGCCAAGCAAAAGUUUGACCUGAAGAAGGACCCGGCCCUGCCGAGUCUGAAAGUGCCGCCCGUGGAGGAGGAACCACCGAGACAGUACCGGAGAGCUCGGUCGGAGAGAGGAGAGGAAGAGCAGUGGGAGGUGUCCCUGGCAGAUGAAAUUCUGCAGGCUGAAGGCUUUAGGUCCGGUUCUCACCGUCACUCGCGGAGGUCGUCAAGGGACCACCAUCGUCCGCGCAUCCUGGACCUCCGCCGGCGCAGCCGCCACGACAGCGGGCCCAUUCCCGGGUCCGUCCGCAUGCCGUCCCUGAGGGACAAGCUGGAGGAGUACCAACGGGAGCUGGAAGUGCACGGCCCUCGUCGGUCGGAGCCGCAGUCUCGUCGGUCAAGCCUGGCCACCACGAUGACGGGCUGGGACCUGACGUCGAUGAGCUACUCGCAAUCACAAGCUGACAUGUCCUGCACGGAGGAUGCCUGGGCGGGCGGCAGGCGCAGGAGAUCCGCGCACCAUCACCACCGUUCCCGGCGGGAGAGUCGCGUUGUCUCCGCCGCCACGACACCCAGACCGUCCCGCCCGUCCAGCGGGCGUUCCCACAAACAUCGACACGGAAAGAACAAGGACAGUGAUCGCGAGUGGAAGAUCGUGACUGUUGUGGGUUGCGUGAUCGCAAUAGGCGUCCUCAUAUGGGGCCUGUACGGACAUGGUAGCACCAAGACCACCGCUAUAAGAAUGGAAUAAGAACAGACCGUAGAAUCCUUCACAGUCAUCUUUUGAGUCUCAGUUGGAAGAAAGAACACAAACGCUGAGCGACUGAAGUCGUCUUCUCGCAAGGAAUAGCUUAUGUCACCGGCAUAUUCCUGACCUGGAAAUUCCUGCAUACGCUGUUGUGAUUUCAGCGCACAUUGUGGCUUGAAAGCGCCAAGUGUGAAACAACAUGAACUUGACUCAUGCGACUAUAAAUUGAUCCGCGCUUUUUGAACCACGAUGAACUCUUUGAGUGUGGUCAAACGAGUGAGGACUACGAAUCAACUGUGCGACUUUAACGUCGUAGUUAACGCAUCUUAAAAUGUUGCUCAUUUUGCUGACUUGUCAUAAUUUAUUAUCCGUAGAAGGACAUCAUUUGAAGGCAGUGUUAUAAAAA